CCGUCAGGGCCAGCAAGGCCUUCUCGGCUGGCCUAACAUAACCAGAAAUGGUUAUGUUAUGGUUUAAUUAUGGUCAUAAUUAAAGACAAAAGUUAUUUUUAAUUUACUUUCCCUAAAUAUCUAAAAGUAUUGAUAUUCUAUUCAUGUCAUAUUGUGCUCUUUCCAAUGCUGUUGUUUUUAGGUUAGAGUUUGUAUCCAAUCAGAAAUCAGCUAGCUUAUGUUGCCAUGCUGUAUCCAAUCUUACCUUACCGUGCCUUCAGAAUCAACAAUUCAGAUGUCUGUGCGCUGUAAUUGAACGGGGACAUACAGUUGAUAGACGAUUGCAAAUUGCAAAUCAGAUCAAGAGUUGUUGUCAGUAAGGCCUUCUAGCUGGGCUUACGCUCUCACUUAGGAGUCCCAAGUGAGUAUCCAAUCACAAGUUGCGAAAACAGGAAGAAGCACCAGAGCCAUACGACCCAUAGAAAGCCACAGAAAGCUCACUGGUACUCGCACAGAAGGAGAGCAAAAUGUUGAUUAGGUGGCAGCUAUACAUUUGCAAGGCCAUUUUCAAGAAGGAUACUUAAGAGAAACUACAUCUUGUGAGACGAAGUCGGCUGACACCGGAUGCUAGCUCAGUUGUCCCAGCGAUGAAAUGGUUUGCCCGCCACAUUCACACGAAUCAACCGACUACUAUGAGCGGUACCACUGGCUUAUACAGCGUCAAAUGGGUGCUACAAAUUAUGUGUGCAAAUUUUUUAUUUCUUAAUUUUCUCAUGUUUAAUUUGUUUUAUAUAAUUAUUUUAAUUUUGAUAAUACCACAUAAGAUAUGUUUUAAUUGCUGAAGAGGGUAUACUGAAUGUUAAAUGCGCCAAAAAAUAGACUGCUUUGUACACAGUUGAUGGUUUUCAAUGCUCAGUAGUGUACAAGUGUUUUUCUGUAUAGUAUCUCCAGCCGUGGCCAUGUGGUGACAUCAAUUACGGUAUUUUGAGAGGGGAAGUCGGACUUAGUAGGACAUCACUGAAAGCCUGGGUGAGAAACGCACGGCUCGCCACUGAAAAGAAGAAUAUGUAUUCUGAAAGAAAAAACUGUGAAUAGUUACAUUUCAUUUCAUUAUUUCUACUGUUGUAAGAAUCCGUAAGUGAAGAUAAUAAAGAAAUGAUUAGAUAUAUAUGAUCAUUUAUUUACUAUUUCAAAUUGUGUUGAUUCUUAAAAUAUUAACUAUAAAGAAUAAUAAAGUAAACAAAAUAAUUUUAAUAAUGAAAUGUAAUCCAUCCAUCAAUCCAUUUUCUACCACUUGUCCCGUUUUGGGUUGCGGGGGGCGCUGGAGCCUAUCUCAGCUACAAUCGGGCAGAAGGCCGUGUAUACCCUGGACAAGUCGCCACCUCAUCGCAGGACCAACACAGAUAAACAGACAACAUUCACACUCACAUUCACACACUAGGGCCAAUUUAGCGUUGCCAAUCAACCUAUCCCCAGGUGCAUGUCUUUGGAAGUGGGAGGAAGCUGGAGUACCCGGAAGGAACCCACGCAGUCACAGGGAGGACAUGCAAACUCAACACAGAAAGAUCCCGAGCCCGGGAUUGAACCCAGGACUACUCAGGACCUUCGUAUUGUGAGGCAGACACACUAACCCCUCUAUCACAGUGCUGCCCUUAUGAAUGAUGUAUUAUGAGAUAAUAUGAAAUAUUGAUAUGAGUUACUGUAAAUACAAGUCAUCUAAAUACUUUAAUAAUAAAGGUAGGUAUUUAUAUUGAACACAAGGUGGAAGCAUUAGGCCCAAUCCCAAUACACUCCUCACCCUACUUUUGAGCCCUAUCCCUACAUUUUGCGCGUUCCCGUGAAGGUAGUAGUGCCCCAAUGACUCUGCAUGUAGUGGGAGUGGGCAUAAUGAGGAGCCGGGGGUAUGAAUCUAACCCUUCAGAGUGAGCCAUUUCAGGUGCUGACUCGCUCAGAUGGUGUUUGUGGUGGUUGUUCACCCUCGGGACUCUUGUGGUUUCGCUUCGGAGCGUCCGACAUUGCCUGAGAGGGAUCUCCAUGAACGUGAUUCUGCUGGAUGACAAAGAGUCGCCUUGGAGCUUGAAGUUUGUGAGAGGGCAAAUACUGAAGGCGUUGGAGUCCGAAUCCGGGGUUGAUGAAAACGGGAUGAGAUUUAAUCUCACGGCCAAAUUUGGUGGUUUUAAUACUACUUUCUAUGAAAAAAGCGGCUGCUCGAGUAGCACAUGUGAAGGAGUGGCUGAGUUAAGAAACCUGAUGUCUACAGGCAACUUGGGAUGUGCUGUGCUUGGACCCACAUGCACAUUGGCCGCUUUCAGUAUGGUUGAUGCUGAGAGGGGACUGAAACUGAGCACACCCAUCAUCUCAGCAGGCAGCUUCGGCCCCUCCUGCGAUUACACGGUCAACCUCCAGCGCCUCCUGCCACCCGCGCUCAAAAUUUCCGACUUUUUCGUCCACUUCUGGAAAGAAAAAAACCCUAUCAAGCCGCCAUGGGAGACUGCUUAUGUGUACAAGAAGCAGAAUAACACAGAGGAAUGUUUUUGGUACAUAAAUGCACUGGGAGCAGCCGAACACAUAUUUGCCAAAAGCGUGGCAAGAACAUUAUUGCACACACCUGAAGACCUGCAAAAGGUUUUGUCGUCACACAGGAACAGGACAAGCAACUUGUUCAUCAUGUGUGGUUCCAUGAUGGAUGUUGUGGAGGUGAAAAAUCUCACCGCAGAAGCAGACAGCAGUGAAAUUCUCUUCAUCCUUAUUGAUCUCUACAACGACCAAUACUACAUCAACACAACGUCCCAGCCAUCUAUGAAGAAUGUGUUAGUACUCACCAUGCCCAACACCAGGAAUUACACCAUAGAUCCAGACCUGACCAGCAACACCACAAUGAAUGACUACAUGGCGGCGUACCAUGACUCAGUGCUGCUGGUUAGUCGAGCGAUAAAGGAAAUAUCCCAAAAACCUAAUUCAAAGCUUUAUCACCCACUAUAUGUUAAUGUAAAUUAUCUCAGGAACACCUCCUUUGAUGGUAUUGCAGGAAACUAUCGGAUAGACAAGAAUGGAGACAGAGAUGUGAAUCUCUCUAUCAUUUACACCAGCAAUAACAACAAGUUUUGCACCUUAUUUACCUUUGACACAGAGCACAGUGUGACCACACUGGUUGAGACCAAACCCUCUUUCGUCUGGGGAAACAGACUUCCUGAUUUCAAGCCAGCUUCAGAAGCAGCGUCACUUAAUAUCGUCGUCAUAGUUUUGGCGGUGACUGUGGUGGUUGUGGCUUUCAUUGCCUUCAUCUUCUACAGACAGAACAGGAGAGAUCGGCUGCGGAGGAAACGCUUCUCCGACUCGCACAUCCCCUCUGAACUUGUCACCCUGUUGGAGGACAACUCAUUGAACCAAGUUGUCCUGGAGAUUGAAAAAGAGAGGAAAAACAAAGUUUUUAAGAUCCGCCGUGCGCUCUACGACAAGAAGAUUGUCAUUCUGAAGGAGCUCAACCACUCAGAUGGAAACUUCAAUGAGACCCAGAAAAUGGAGCUUAAUGCUCUCUUGCAAGUCGACUAUAACAACCUCACCAAGUUUUACGGCACAGUGAAGUUGGAUGAGGGCGUGUUUGGGGUUUUUGAGUACGGUGAGCGGGGAUCACUUAGGUACGUGCUGAAUGACAAGGUCUCUUAUCCGGAGGAGACGUUCAUGGACUGGGAGUUUAAGAUCUCUGUCAUGUAUGACAUCGCCAAGGGCAUGUCCUACCUGCAUGCCAGUGACAUCCAGGUGCAUGGACGCCUUAAGUCCACCAACUGUGUGGUGGACAACCGCAUGGUUGUGAAGAUCACAGACUUUGGUUGCAACUCCUUUCUCAAGCCUGGCAGAGACUUGUGGACAGCUCCAGAGCACCUCAGGAAGCAGGGUACUUCCCAAAAAGGAGACGUGUACAGCUUCGCCAUUAUUUCUCAGGAGAUAGUUCUAAGAAAAAGUACCUUCUACACCAAAUGCUGUUCUGACCGAGCAGAAAAACUGUCCAAGGUCAUCAUGUCCUACUUCAGGCCAGAUCUAGACUUUGACACAGCUUCAGAGAAAGAACACGAAGUGUAUAUGCUGAUAAAAAGUUGUUGGGAAGAGGAUGCUGAGAAAAGACCUGACUUUAAGAAGGUAGAAAACUGUUUGGGCAAAGCCAUCAGUAAAAUUCACAACAAGGAUAACGAGAGCUACAUGGACAACUUGAUUCGCCGGCUGCAGAUGUAUUCCAGAAACCUGGAGCACCUGGUGGAGGAGAGAACGGUGCUCUACAAAGCCGAGCGGGAUCGAGCAGACUGCCUCAACUUCAUGUUACUUCCUGGCCCCGUGGUGAAAAGCCUGAAGGAGACGGGCGCAGUGGAGCCUGAGCUGUACGACGAGGUGACCGUUUAUUUCAGCGACAUCGUAGGCUUUACCACGCUGUGCCAGUACAGCACACCCAUGGAGGUCGUCGACAUGCUCAAUGACAUCUACAAGGGCUUCGACAGCAUCCUCGACCACCACGACGUCUACAAGGUGGAGACCAUAGGCGAUUCCUACAUGGUGGCCUCCGGUCUCCCAAGGCGGAAUGGCAACAGACACGCGGUGGAUAUCUGCCGCAUGGCCUUGGACAUUCUGGCCUUCAUGGGCACCUUCCAGCUCCGACACCUGCCUGGCAUCCCUGUGUGGAUCCGCAUCGGUGUGCACUCAGGUCUGUGCGCGGCAGGCGUGGUGGGGAUAAAGAUGCCCAGAUAUUGUUUAUUUGGAGACACCAUCAACACGGCGUCCCGCAUGGAGUCCACCGGACACCCCCUGCGGAUACACGUCAGUCAGCCCACCAUUGAUAUUCUGACCAGGACGGACUGCAAGUUCGAGUACGAGAUGAGAGGGGAAACAUAUCUGAAGGGUAAAGGAACAGAGACCACCUAUUGGUUGACAGGUGAGACAGGAAAAGACUAUGAUCUACCAACUCCACCUACAACAGAGAACUUCCAACGGCUCCAGCAGGACCUGGCCCACAUGAUCCUGGCUUGUCUGGAGUGCCGUUCCCAAGGCUCCGUGCGCAGAAGACGGACACUUUUAAGUGAAAGCCAGGACGACCGCACAGAUCGAGAACCUGAGGUGGACCCUCCGGAAUAUUUGCAUCUGGGCACUGUGGAUAACACCCUCAGCACGUUCUUGUGAGAUGAUAUCAGUAAAAAAUCAUAACAUCACCAAUAAGACUUUAAAUUGAUCACUUAGUGCUAAGUUUGUCAUCCAUAAGAUGAACAAAGCAUUUGGUAAUGUUGGCCUAAAAAGACGCAAUACAUGACAGAGUUACACAGUGGCACCUCAACUUUAGAGUGUUUUCAGAUAAAAGUUGUCUUGUGCUUUAAUGUGCAAGAAAAAACAUUUAAGUUCCAAACGUCCUCGGUCCAUGCAUAUUGUCACAGUGAACCCUGUAAAAUCCAACCAAAACAUCUGGUCCUACCCUCUAGCAUUAGCUUUUAGCUAAAGAUCGACAUAACUUUGUUUUUCCAAGGAUGGGGAAAAAAGAAAAUAGAUGUGAAGGACAGAAAUGGAUGAUAUUCAUUGAAUUAAAAAAAGAAAUAAUCCAAAACAUGACUUGGCGAGGGAAUUUGAGCGUAACACUGAAGAUGUGUCUUAACGUCAGCCAAGAAAAUUAAAAUAUCAAAGCGGCAAACAUUUAUCCAUAAAAAUAUGGAUAACCUGCUGGUGGUGUUGGACAGAGAAACAGCUGGACGGAGAUAGAUUAGAAGUAAAAGCUGCAUAUUAUUAACUACACCGGUGUUAGUACAAUCUUUUUAAAAUGCAUUUUACCUGUUAAAAUUGUGCUGUUUGGGGCGAUAAACACAGAUUGAAUUUAUUUCACUGGUAACGUUGAUUUGAGAUACAAGUGUUUUGAGUUAAGAACUUCGUCACAGAACCAAUUUAGCUCGUAAGUUGAGGUACUAGUGUACUUGUUGUGGUUAGAGUGUCCGCCGUAAGGUUGUGAGUUCAAACCAAAGACUAUAAAAAUGGGACCCAUUACCACCCUGCUUGGCACUCAGCGUCAAGGGUUGGAAUUGGGGGUUAAAUCACCCAAAAUUAUUCCCAGUCGUGGCCACCGCUGCUGCCCACUACUCCCCUCACCUCCCAGGGUGUGAACAAGGGGAUGGUUCAAAUGCAGAAGACACAUUUCACUGUGUGUGUGCCUAUCAUUGGUACUUUAACUUUAAGUUGAAGCACAAACAGAGGAAUGAAGAUCAUUUGGAGGGCAUCACACAAGGUUAUCAUUUAAAUUGGGCAUAUAACACAAGGGAUUUAUAACCACUUUUGUAUGACAUUUCGCUUCAUAUUUUGCAUUCGCAGCAAAAACAUUUUUGUCAAAAACGAUUUAGCUGUUUAAAUAUGUGAAUUAUGAAAAAAGCCUGAAGUUCAUAGUUAGCACUUAUAUCAAAUGUUUGUUGCUUGUGAAAUCAUGUUAAAUAAUUAUAAAAGAAAUACAUAGGACAGCAUAUUUUUUAACCAGUCUUUUAUUUUGAGAGUUGACAUUUAUUUACACAAAAUACAACUUUUUAUUUUUCAGAAAGUUUCUCAGCUUGUUGUGUUGUAAAGUACAUUGAGGCUGUGACUGUAUCAAAUACAAAUAUUUUUAAUUCCACAUCCUGUCUCUGUGUUUGUUGUAAUGAAAAGGGAUUUCUACACAUUAAAUACGGCAGCAGGACACAUUUAACAAGUAGUGUACAAUUUCAAAAACCUACAUGAGGAUGUGGCAAAAAGAGGAGGACUGAAAGGAAAUAACGCUAUAAAAACACAUUUUGAAUGCAUGCUAAAAAAACAUACUGACAUAUCAUGUCUUCCUUUUGUGCCAUUCAUUGAAACAUAAACGCUAGUCAUCAAGUAUAAAAAUGUAGACGAUCGCCUCGACUUCAAACCCCUGAUUUUUUUUUAAAGUCUCAGACAUAAUAUUUAAUUAAUAAUAAAUAAGACCCAAAUAUACAGAAUAAUAAUAAAAAAAGACAUGUACAAAACAGCCUUCACAACACCAUAUUCUAUCUUUGUAAUUCUGGAAAACUCUUCAAAAUAUGUUCUCAAAUUAGACAAAAACUAUUUAAAUGACCAAAAAUAGUACAACUUCUCUUUGGAAAACAUGUAAAAGAACAAUGACUAUUUUUACAUGCUAGAACUCAAGGCACUGAAUAAUAAUCCAAGUAUUAUAAACUAUAUUGAAGUCAAAUAACUCAACCUUAAUGGUGGUACUGCAGCUACUAAUGCAUUGCAAAACAAUAUUAACAUUUCAUUAGGGGCUUUGGGGGAGGGGUCUCACUCAGUGUGUGAUUGUCUCAAAACUACUACUUGUUGCUAAUUUGUGUAUGUGUGCGUGUACAACAGGGGCAAAGACGUAAGCUGCAAGCCUCCAGACGGCUGCAGUUGUCUCAAAGGGAGAUCAUCUCUCAAGUCAGGGUGUUAGGAGCUAAAUAACUCCACGGCAAAUUAUUAUGGCUGAGUCAAAUGAUAUGAUGAAAAUGUUGUGGUGUUUUAUAGUUAUUGAUAACAAGUACAAAAAAAAAUAAAAAAUAAACGUACUAAAAGUGAAAAAAGACAUACUUUUACCACCCUGCACCUGCCAGCACAAUAAGCUAUUUCCUCAAACAGGGUUACUUAUUUACUCAACUGUAGAGAGUAUUACACAUUUAAAGGGGCUGUUUGCAACAUUUACACAGAUGCCCAGAGGGCGCCAACUUUACAAUGUUUUUUUUGCACAUUAUAUCUCGCCCUUUUACGGCUUCUCAUACGUAACACAUACACGCGCGUUAGCUUUAGGUGUUGUUAGCUAAUAAUAGCAAUUUGGAUAAUUAGCACUAGCUGCCAUUGACUGUAUAUUCUAUAACAACAACAUAACUACAAAUUGUUCGUUCCUUCUCAUGGACUGCUUUUGUAUGUGUGCACGCAUACGUGUUGACGAGACAAGGUGAGAGACCGUGUGAACACCAAUCAUUUUGUUCGGGCCACUAAAACAUUUUAUGACAUACUUUGCCAUUGUGAAAAACGUAAACAAUUGCCAAUGAAAUGUGUUCUCUUAAACCACUAAUGGUAACACAAGAUAGCCGGUGGUUUUCUUGUCAUAUUGUUUGCUGUGAAAAAUGUAACUGUGAGGAAGUUGCAAACAGCACCAUGCAGAUUUUGCUUCGUACAAAAUAGUUAAUUUAUUGUAUUUUCAGAACAUUUUGACUUGAAAAAAACAGCAACAAGACAUGUAUGCCACUGAAGUGUCCAAGGUUGUAUUAUACUCUGUGUUAUCAAUAGCUUUCGCCUGUUUCGUUUCUAGCAUGUUACUAUAAUUUCCUUGACUCUGUGGUUUAUUUUCAGUCAUUCGGGUAGUUUCUAUUGUGGAAGGCGGCAGCUGUCAUGAAUUGAUUGUAAUUUAUUGUAUCGCGCUCCUAUAAAGGAACUGGACACUGACAUUUUAAAAUGUAACAUGUACAAUCCACUAACACAACAAAAAUCAUGGCCAAAAUUACAGCAAAUAUUUACUGAAAGGACAAAAAAAAUUAUACUUUGGGUCUUUUGGUCUCUUAGAAACGAGUGAAUACAGACCAGGGAAAGACUUUGAAACCCCCUGUUUUAAAACCCACAAAAAGAGUAUUUAAAAUGGUAUCGUUACUAAAAGCCCCUCUGUUGCUCUGAUACGAGAUCCUGCAGAAUUGCGGCCACACUGUAUAAACAUGACCAAAUAAGAGUAUUGUUCUAAACAAAACUAUGCAGAAAGACGUGGUCAUAGAGUAAAAAGUACCUACUCUUUCAAGAAGGCCUCUAUUAAAAUGAGGCUUUUUUGUUUCCAUUAUUUGAGGCAUUAUUGGAGUAGAGGCGUCUAUUUGAGGAAAUGCCAUCAACUCCUGCAGGGGGCAAACGUGUACAGUGAGGUGCAGUUCUCACAAGUUGCCACUGGGGACAAGUUGAAUGAAAACAAUAUCCACCAUCAAAUACUAUAAUAUGACGCAUAUUAAGCACCAGCAGCUUGAGGCUUUUCCUUUACCUGUUCUGCUACAUGACUUGCUGUACAUCAUAUUACUGGAAAUAUUGUUGCAUGAUUUGGUGGUUAAUUUGGGCAUCUCUAUGGCAACAACAUUCCAAAUUCAAUACUUUGUUUGUCGUGAUCCGCAUGAGUCUUUGGUUGUAAUAGUUUGCACACAUCAACUUAUCUACGAAAUAUGUCUAUGUUUCAGUUUGUCACCAAAGCAUUAAAAAGGCUACAGACUUGUUUCCAGCAGCUGUUUGAAAUUUGCGCACACACGCACAUGCUAUGUACAGGAUGUUGUAAUAAGCCUAAAUGAACGCUUUAGGUUCUGCUCAUGUUUACAUCCGGGAG